UUGAACUGUGCAGAAGAAUGUGCAGACUUUGUGAGACAGGUGUGGCACAGCUGGAAGAAACAACCUAACCUCUGCUUUAACAUCGGACGUUGUUACAUUACAUGUCAACCGCACUAUCACAUGAAAAUCAUUGCACAGCUAACCCAGCUGCAGUAAGACACGAUGGAGUCGCCCGUGGUGAACCUGUACAACCAGUUUCAGAGUCUGAGAGCCCAGGUGGACGGUCUGAAUGAGGGCAUUGAACCACAGUUCCUCCAGAUGGCAGUGAACUUUGAGGAGUGCCGUAAGAAGUGGCUGCGGUCAGAUGAGGAGCUGGUUUCCUGUAAAGAGGGUCUGGCUAAAGCGCAGACUGAGAGGGGAGCCCUGGAGGUCAAACUAAAGCAUGCUCGCAACCAGGUGGAUGUGGAGAUCCGCCGGCGGCAGAAGGCGGAGGCAGUCUAUGAGAAGCUGGAACGUCAGCUACAGCUGAUCCGGGAGCUGUUAACAGAGAACAACGGCAACAGUGUCCACCUAAGUGAAGAGCAGCGCUCCGCCCUGGCCUUCCUCAGUGCUCACUCCCAGGCAGCACAGACUGCUAAAGGCAACCUCAACUCCAGUCGAAGGUUAACUACCAUCGAUGAAUCAGCUUCUUUGUUGUCAGACAUCAGCUAUGACCAAACAGACGACUCUCUGGACUGGGAUUCAUCUGUGAUGAGGACAGUAAGACUGCGAAAACGUCAGAAACGACGUUCCUCCAGAAAACUCUCUGAGAUUCCUUCACAGACAGUGAAGAAACCUCGCUCUACUGGACGCACAUCAGAUAGGCUGAAUGAGUCUAUAGUGACCAAAACCACCAUCACUGUGCCUGUAAAUGGUGGUGCUGUCGAGGCCGUCUCCACCAUUGAAACUGUGCCUUACUGGACACGCAGCAGAAAGAGUGUUGCUCCAGCAUGGGCUGACACAACCACUACUGACCAAUCUGAGACUGCCAGUGAGGCUCCCAGCACACCAGUCUCAGAUUUCCCAGCCCAACUCCGAACCCCCAGAGCUAACGGAGGAGGAAAGAAGCACCACUUCAUCGCCAAAACAGUGAUCAAGUCUGAGUUCUGUGUACCAUGUGGGAGAAGAACAAAGUUUGGCAAGAUGUACCUUCGCUGCCAGGAUUGCAGGGUGGUGACCCACCCAGAGUGUCGUGAACGCUGUCCCCUGCCCUGUAAUCCCACGGCUAUCAGCACUCCCAUCAAGAACACAGCAGAGGCCACCCUGGCUGACUUUGCUCCAGUCACCUCCCCAAAGAUCCCAGUUUUGGUUAUCUACUGCAUUAAGGAGAUUGAACACAGAGGUCUGCAUGAGGUCGGCCUCUACAGAGUCUCUGGCCACGAGCGCAUGGUGAAGGAGCUGAAGGAGAAGCUGAUUAGAGGCAAGACUCUCCCUCCGCUUAACAAAAUAGAUGAUAUCAACGUCAUUACAGGUGUCCUCAAAGACUUCUUCAGAAAGCUUCCAGAGCCGCUGCUCACCUUCCACCUCAACAAAGCCUUCAUGGAAGCAGCUGAAAUCCAGGAUGAUGGCAACAGUCUGGCCAUGUUGUAUCAGACCAUCAGUGAACUGCCUCAACCCAACCGAGACACUCUGGCCUGCCUGAUGAUCCAUCUGCAAAAGGUCUCUCAGAGUGUGGACACCAAGAUGGAUGUGAACAACCUGGCCAGGGUCUUUGGUCCUACUCUUGUAGGUCAUGCUGUUCCUGACCCAGAACCCAUGACCAUCCUGCAUGACACAAACAGACAACCAAGGGUUAUAGAGCGCUUGCUUAGUAUUCCAGCAAGCUACUGGGGCAACUUUGCUUAUCCAGAUAAUGCAGGCAUGGACAAUGCUCACCACACUGAUACCCCAGAUCACAAAGUGAGCAUAUUGGGACCAGUGACCACUCCAGAGCACCAGAUGAUGGCCAAAACACCUUCCUCCAGCUCACUGUCCCAGCGCAUGAUGCACACCUUCUCCAGCACCACCAUAUUUGGGAGCAAGAGCAAAGGAUCAGCUGCCUCUAACCGCCAGGGAAACUUCUUCGCUUCUCCACAGCUGAAAUAAUGGCGAACAAGAAAGUUCACCCAUAUUGUACUUCUGGGUUUCUUAUUGCAAUAACUGAAUAUAUAUUCACAUAAUCAUGUGGGAAAACUACUGUGCAAUUUAAGCAUGUAACCGUUUUAUUGCGGAGGUUUUUUCUCCAGUGUUUUAUGCAAGACUUGCUAACCAGUUUUUCUUUGAAAAGAUUCCUGCACGUGUGUUUUUAUAUUUGUUUUUAUAUCUUUGAUUACGAAUGAUUUAUUAUUGACCAAAACUGUGGUGGCAACUUUGUGAUUGUAAGAGGUUUAAUGACCAAGCACCCAUUAGAAACCAAUUUGAGGAUUAUUAUCUUCUGCUUUGUAUUGAACACUUGCAUGUUCAGAACAGAAGCUAUGCAUUCACUGGUGUUGGUCCUUCUUUGGACCUGUGGUUGUAACCACAGCAACAGGGGUGCUCAAGCCCCCAUGAAAUACACCGCUGCAUUGAACAAAGAAAAAAUAAGUUGUAUUAUUGGCCAGUGUUUCUUUGUCUUUUGGCUUUGGUUACCUCAGCAUUGUCCUGAAACUAACGUCUUAUUUGUUUUCAUGAUGCCACAUUUUUCUUUUAUAUUUAUGUUGACUGUGUACUAUGAUGUAUACCAAUCAUGACAAUCUAUAUACUACUACUAACAAUACUACAAUGUAAACACUGAUACUAAUGGGAAUAAUGUUGCGUUUUGCACUGUAUCUGUAACAAUCUGAGUUCAUGUGUUUUCUACCAGGGAGUUCACAGCCACUAGAGGAUGCUGUUGCACCACAUUUGAUGUGCAAGCUUUAAAUAAUGAGUGAUCGACUGUAUACUAUGCACACAGCCAGUCAGUAUUACUGACACUUACACUGAUAUAUCGACACAUCACUGGAAAUACUAGAAAUUAUUCCUGUGAUUUAGGAUAGUUCAUCCAAUAUUUUCCCUCUCAUGAGCCAGAGAUCUGAGAUGCACAUCUGUGUGGUCAUUACAAAAUAAAAUCUGGAGCUUCUUUAAUUUAUGAAUGUGAUAACUGAUUUGCAUGCACACUUAGGUUUGUAUCCACAGUAGCUUUUUUUUUUUCCCCUAGUGAAUUUCUUCUCUCUGCUGCUCUCACUGUCACCUUUUAUCAGCUCCAGAUUUUAAUGUGAUGAGAUUACUGGUUCAAGUAUUAAUUAAUUAGAGAAGAAAUGUCGACAAAAACUGAUUCACAGUAUUUGGUCAUUAAAACUAUCUAGCCAUGUUUUGCCUAUCAAUGAAGAAUACAUGCGUUGUUUGAGGCUGUAAGACUCCACAUUAUGUAUUAUACAUUCUUGUACAUUUAUUCCAUUAUAUGGUUCUAUUUCUCUAAUGAAAUAUUGUCUAACAGAUGUAGUUACUUUCAACAUUUUAUGGACUGAAUUUUAACCAUUAUUGCUUUGUCUGAGCUCAAAUAAGAUCACACAAAAGUCCAUGGUUGAGCUGAAAAUAAAACCUGAAGACACUG